CGUGGCUACCAGGGCUCUGACUGCGGCUACCAGGGCUCCCAGCUUUGCUUGGGUGGCUACUAUGUGGGCCAGUGUGGCUACCAGUGCUUCCAGGUGGUCCGUGGUGGCUACUAUGGGGCCCAGGGUGGCUACCAGGGCUCUGACUGCGGCUACCAGGGCUCCCAGCUGGGCUAUACUGGCUACUAUGGGGGCCAGCGUGGCUACCAGGGCUCUGACUGCGGCUACCAGGGCUCCCAGCUGGGCUAUACUGGCUACUAUGGGGGCCAGCGUGGCUACCAGGGCUCUGACUGCGGCUACCAGGGCUCCCAGCUGGGCUAUACUGGCUACUAUGGGGGCCAGCGUGGCUACCAGGGCUCUGACUGCGGCUACCAGGGCUCCCAGCUGGGCUAUACUGGCUACUAUGGGGGCCAGCGUGGCUACCAGGGCUCUGACUGCGGCUACCAGGGCUCCCAGCUGGGCUAUACUGGCUACUAUGGGGGCCAGCGUGGCUACCAGGGCUCUGACUGCGGCUACCAGGGCUCCCAGCUGGGCUAUACUGGCUACUAUGGGGGCCAGCGUGGCUACCAGGGCUCUGACUGCGGCUACCAGGGCUCCCAGCUGGGCUAUACUGGCUACUAUGGGGGCCAGCGUGGCUACCAGGGCUCUGACUGCGGCUACCAGGGCUCCCAGCUGGGCUAUACUGGCUACUAUGGGGGCCAGCGUGGCUACCAGGGCUCUGACUGCGGCUACCAGGGCUCCCAGCUGGGCUAUACUGGCUACUAUGGGGGCCAGCGUGGCUACCAGGGCUCUGACUGCGGCUACCAGGGCUCCCAGCUGGGCUAUACUGGCUACUAUGGGGGCCAGCGUGGCUACCAGGGCUCUGACUGCGGCUACCAGGGCUCCCAGCUGGGCUAUACUGGCUACUAUGGGGGCCAGCGUGGCUACCAGGGCUCUGACUGCGGCUACCAGGGCUCCCAGCUGGGCUAUACUGGCUACUAUGGGGGCCAGCGUGGCUACCAGGGCUCUGACUGCGGCUACCAGGGCUCCCAGCUGGGCUAUACUGGCUACUAUGGGGGCCAGCGUGGCUACCAGGGCUCUGACUGCGGCUACCAGGGCUCCCAGCUGGGCUAUACUGGCUACUAUGGGGGCCAGCGUGGCUACCAGGGCUCUGACUGCGGCUACCAGGGCUCCCAGCUGGGCUAUACUGGCUACUAUGGGGGCCAGCGUGGCUACCAGGGCUCUGACUGCGGCUACCAGGGCUCCCAGCUUUGCUUGGGUGGCUACUGUGGGGGCCAGUGUGGCUACCAGGGCCUCCAGAGUGGCUACCAAGGCUCCCAAGGUGGCUACUAG